UCAUCCACAUCGUAUUAUUGUUGUUGAACCUCUCUGUUCUCUGAAUUGGUGGACUCUCUUUGUGUUUUUUCUCCCCGAGAAGGACUAUCGUCUCUCUCUGCGCGGCUCUCCGGAGACUUUUCGGGGAGAUCUUCUACCACGGGAAGCGUCGCAGAGAGAGAUCCAGCUGAGCAUUUUAUUUCAAGACCAUUUAAGGUGAAAAAUGGCAGUUUCUAAGGUUUCAGUAGGAGUUGUGGCUGUUGCAGCUCUAUUUCUCGCCAUUGUAUUGCCUGCAGCCCAGGCCCAGUCCUUCUCCCCGGCUCCUUCCCCAACCAGCGAUGGGACAUCGGUCGACCAAGGUAUUGCAUACGUGUUGAUGCUAGUGGCGCUGGUGCUCACUUACCUAAUCCACGCAGCUGACUUCUGCCAUUUCUAAAUUUGUGAGGCGAUUGGGAGCGUUUGUUCUGUGUAGCGAGUCUGUAAUGUAAUGCAUUGUUGGUUGGUCGUCGUUUUGUUUGUCUGCCGGUGAUGGGGAUUUAGUUUGUAUGUAGCGGAUUGACUUGGAUGGAGCUAUUUGUUGUUGGGCUGUCACUGUGGAUGUUGCUAAUGAAAUAUAUUAUGUUUGGUGGCACU